AUAGUCUCCCAAAUUGCGGUGUAGUUUUAGGUGAAUUUGAGAUUCAACGUCAUUCUGAAUCAAGUAAGUGAUCAUAGACACAACAAGGGGAGAACAGGAGGCAAUAGCCAUGGGUGCCCCGAAAAUCAAAGUAGCGAAUCCAAUUGUUGAGAUGGACGGAGAUGAAAUGACUAGAGUUUUUUGGAAAUCCAUAAAAGAGAAGCUUAUAUACCCCUUUCUGGAGCUGGAUAUAAAGUACUUUGAUCUUGGCCUCCCAAAUCGUGAUGCCACCAAUGACAAAGUCACAAUUGAAAGUGCAGAAGCUACACUCAAGUAUAACGUUGCAAUUAAAUGUGCAACCAUCACACCAGAUGAAGGCCGUGUUAAGGAAUUCAACUUGAAGCAGAUGUGGAGGAGUCCAAAUGGAACUAUCCGAAACAUCCUUAAUGGCACGGUCUUCAGGGAACCGAUAAUCUGCCGAAACGUUCCCAAGCUUGUUCCAGGUUGGACAAAACCAAUCUGCAUAGGGAGACAUGCUUUUGGUGAUCAGUACCGUGCAUCAGAAGAAAUAAUUCGAGGAGCAGGAACUCUCAAAAUGGUAUUUGUUCCAGAUGGGCAAGGUGGCAAUACAGAAUUAGAAGUUUAUCGCUUCAAACAUCCAGGAGGAGUUGCGAUGUCCAUGUAUAACACUGAUGAGUCAAUACAAGCUUUUGCUGAGGCUUCAAUGAAUACUGCUCUCCAAAAGAAAUGGCCCCUUUAUCUUAGCACGAAAAACACCAUCCUGAAGAAAUAUGAUGGGAGAUUCAAAGAUAUAUUCCAGGAAGUUUAUGAAUCAAAGUGGAAGUCUAAGUUUGAGGCUAUUGGAAUAUGGUAUGAACAUCGUCUUAUCGAUGACAUGGUUGCUUACGCUUUGAAGAGCGAAGGGGGCUAUGUUUGGGCAUGCAAGAAUUAUGAUGGAGAUGUCCAAAGUGAUUUCUUGGCUCAAGGAUUUGGAUCACUUGGGUUGAUGACUUCUGUUUUGGUAUGUCCAGAUGGACGGACUAUUGAAGCUGAAGCUGCCCAUGGAACAGUUACUCGCCACUUUCGCGUUCAUCAAAGAGGAGGCGAAACCAGCACAAAUAGUAUAGCAUCCAUUUUUGCAUGGACACGUGGGCUUGCACACAGGGCCAAGUUGGAUGAUAAUGCCAAGCUCUUGGACUUCACAAGUAAUCUGGAAGCAGCAUGUAUCGGAACUGUUGAAUCAGGGAAGAUGACUAAAGAUCUGGCACUCCUUGUUCAUGGGUCUAAGGUCAAGAGAUCUCAAUAUUUGAACACCGAAGAGUUCAUUGAUGCUGUGGCUCAGGAGCUGAGAGCGAGGCUGGCUGUCAGAGCAAAGAUAUAAGGUUAUUCCAAGAGAUUUCUAUUGAUUACUGGUCCACAAAUAAAAAUCCUACUGGUGAAAUUGUUAUGGAUUAUGAUUCACUCUGACACAGCUCUUUGUAUGUAAUUGUAUUUAUCUGUUCAUUAUCUCAUAGUUCUACCUGUAACAAGUACAGUGAUAAAAAUGCAAAUUCAGAUCGUUAUAUACAUUCAAAGCUGAAUUAUCUGCAAA